AUGUCCGACGAAGAUAAGCGCGAAGAAGAUGACCAGCUCGAUCGCGCGCCCGAGGAGGAUGACGCAGGCGACGAAGCAGAGAUCGCAGCCAUGAAGAAGCGCGUGCAGGAGAUGGAAGAGGAGGCAGCAAAGCUGCGCGAGAUGCAGGCGAGCCUAGACUCACAGACGGACAGCUUGCGCGAGAGCAAAGAGGACAUCGACGGGCGCAGCAUUUUCGUCGGCAACGUGGACUACGGCGCGAGUCCGGAGGAGAUCCAGGCGCAUUUCCAGAGCUGCGGGUCGAUCAACCGCGUCACGAUUCUGCUGGACAAGUUCACGGGACAUCCGAAAGGGUAUGCGUAUGUGGAGUUCUCGGAGCCGAAUCUGGUCACGCAGGCGCUUGUGUUGAAUGAGAGUUUGUUUCGGGGGCGCAACAUCAAGGUAGUCCCGAAGCGCACCAAUCUACCCGGCAUGACGCGUGGACCAAGAGGAGGCAGAGGCGGCGGUGGCCCUCCCAUGAGAGGAGGUCGCGGUGGGUUUGGUGGGCCAAGAGGAGGAGGGUACGGCGGCGGCGGAUACGGAGGUCCUCCACCCUACAUGCCGCGCGGCGGAGGGUACCGCGGUGGCUACGGAGGUCGCGGUCGCGGUCGCGGCUACAACCCAUACUGA